GAUUCUGCUGAACAAAGUGGCAAGUUUAGACUUGAGGUUGCGACAACUUUUAUCGCACCACCAUCAAAGGUUGUGCGCCACUGUGUAUUUUUGAAAUCCUAGAGGAUUGCAAUGGAAAUACCAUGGAUUGAGAAGUACAGACCGAGCUCGAUAGAAGAUCUUAUAAGUCAUGACGACAUAUCAAAAACUAGUAUUUCUAAUUAAAUUCAACUGCUGUUGUAGUAAAGAGAUUUAUUGAUAAUGACAGGCUACCGCAUUUACUGUUUUAUGGUCCACCGGGAACGGGAAAAACUAGCACUAUCCUAGCUGCCGCAAAGCGUUUGUACUCUCGUCAGUUUGCAUCCAUGGUUUUAGAGCUUAAUGCCUCCGAUGAUCGGGGGAUUGAUGUUGUUCGUGAACAAGUACUGAGUUUCGCCAGCACGAAAACUCUCUUCGCUGGAAAAUUCAAGCUGGUUAUUCUAGACGAAGCUGAUUCCAUGACAAAAGACGCUCAAAAUGCACUUCGAAGAAUUAUCGAAAAAUUUACGGAAAACACCCGGUUUUGUUUAAUUUGUAACUACUUGUCGAAAAUUAUCCCUGCAAUCCAAUCACGGUGCACCAAGUUCCGUUUUGCACCACUGCCCUUCAAUGAUGUCAGUGUGUGUCUUCGAAAAAUUGCAUCAAAUGAAGGGUAAACAAAAGUCUCUCUUAUUCCUGUUUAGCGUCGAUUUAACUGACGAUGGAGUAAAAGCAAUUUAUCAGUUUGCAUCUGGGGAUAUGCGUAAAUCUAUCAACUUAUUACAGGUAAUCUAUGUAUAAAUACGUUCCCAGUUGUUUUGUUAGUUAAAUACAUAGCGAAAGAUAAGUACCAAAUUUCAGAUUGAUCCUGGAUGUAUCUUCAUUCACACGUAGUAGGUUCUCCGUUGUUUAUGUCAUACUGAAAUCACCUAGAGAGUGUAGUGUUUUUAUCGUAAACCAGACUUAACUAUUGUGUUACAUAAGAAUCCCACCAGUGAUAUCUUUUUGUUCUGCUUAGGUUGCAUUAAAUUCAAAGAAACCAAACAACUAGAGGAAGAUGCUGCUGUAGAACUUCCUGUGAGAUUGUAGUUCAUGGACGACAUUUGAGCGACGCAGAAGUGGCUUUGGGAAUGUUCACCUACUUACUAGAGCUUAUAAUUUGCAGUUGAUUGUAAGGGUCAGGAAUUACGUUUGGGAUUUCCAUCACGAACUGAUAGCUUAAAUGCCAAAAUGCUCUCUAACCAAAUGAAUGGAUGACUUUUGCGCCAAAAUCCAAAACCUUAUUCUAAAACUGAUUGGUUCGUCCAUAAAUUAUAGUUUAACCGAACUUCCUCAUGUUUAUAGAGCACUAACAUUAUUUUCUGUGUGAAGACAACGAAAAAAUACAGUCUUGUGAUUGUCUCGAUCAACAUUGUGAGGACAUUUAAGCGUUAUCCUCGAACAUGAUCUAUUGCUUCAGAACUGGUGUGCGUAUACACCUGAACUAAUGAUAGGGAGUAAGGUAGUUGAGUGUGUCAACCACCUCACCAGCCACACUAAGUUGGUAUUUGACGAAAGUUGGGCAUAAAUUUCAAAAACUCGUUGGGCUUUUCUUACUUCCAUUACUUGUAGCACAGGUGAAUUGCCCGUCCUCCAGUGUGGAACGAGUUCAGUCUGUUCUACUUUGUGACUAAAAUAUAGCUUUUGAAAACAGUGUAUUCACAGGUUACUAGUAUUUAAUCAUAGAUGUGUUCAAAGUAUCGCUAUCGUAUUUUGGGACCAAUAAGUGAAUAUUGCUGAGUUUAGGGACAGGGUACAAGAUAAAGGUGAAAAAUCGGCUGGUGAGGUAGUAAAUAAUAAUCUAUUGAAGUGGGUGUUACAUGCAUUAUAGUUAUCCUAACACUGCCUACUUCGAUGGACGAUGUUUACAGGUGUAUGUGUGGGUUAGGAGGAAACUCGAGACUGUAAAACGAUGACUUGGGAUCACUACAUGAAAUCAAUUACUGUUGAACUGGAAAUUGUAAAUAGAUGCAGACUAUGUGGUUGUGGUCAGGGUGAUUAUCGUAACGAAUGGUUAGAGACUUUGAAUGACACUGAUCUGAGUCGUUCGCAAUGGCAUGUGUCCAUUCACUCUGUGUGUCCAAGAUCCUGAGUCCCGAAAUCGUAUACUUCUUUUUAUUCUUCCUAUAAUUAUCUUUCUCUACUGGUACUGCUACUAGUUCUACUACUUUGGAAUUCAUCUCUCUGUGCUUAUGGGGUAUCGAAAAUUAAACCGAUGUACACAUGUCAGGUUCUAAGUUGACUAUGGCUUCCCGGUCCAACAUAUCAAAUCUAAGUGAUACUGCGAAACAUUUUAAUUUCCUGUUAUCAACCCCAUCGAUUUUAAUUUAAUUACAUGAGUGAAUUAACUUUUAUACUGGUAGGAUACGGUUAGUCACUUAUUUCUAACACUAAAAUUAGUACUACAAAGCAUUCAGAAAUUUAUCAUAAGAAACAAAUUACCAUAUUGUGAAGGGAUAUAGGAGAGUCAUUUAAAAAACAAAACUUGUAAUCAUAAGUGUGUAGUUCAGAUAUGGACUUAGCUGAUCUAAGUUGUAUUGACUACGUUUGACCGUCUAUGGAGAGCGCAAUGUAAAAUCUCAACUGUAAUCACCAUGACUGGUAGCUUUCACAAACACUGAGUUUUAUAAUAAAGUAGUAGUUCAACAAUUAAACCAAUCAGAUUUAAACUGUAAGAUUAUGUGCCUAAACUUCCCCUCAUCUCCUUUGGUUUUGCACAGUUACAUAUUAUCUCCGAGUGAUUUGAUUCAGAGUGGCAUACUUUAACUUAUACUUUGAGAUGUAGGUUUGUGGAAUAAUGAAAGCUUCACAACUAAGUCAUCCAUCUCACAUCCAAAAAAUAAUUUAUGCUGAUUUUUUUGGUUAUAUUCAUAAUAAUGUUACUAUUGCUGAGCUACAGGGUCUGUAGUAUUUCAUCCAUAGUCUUAGCGAACCUAGAAAGUAUUAAUGACUUCAACUAUCCUCCAUCACACCGUCCAGUGUCACGAUAACCACACCUUUUAUCGCCCGUUUAGUGUGUUGGCAACCAAUUCACAGAAUAGAAGCCUCUAGGAUCAUAACCAAUGAAGUCGAAGGCUUAGCACACAGUACUAGAUAAAAUGGGACUGCUGAGUCAUUAUUACUGUCAUAAUAACUAUUCUUUUCAUAGGAAGUUGUGACCUUCAGCAUACAUAAAUCUUAUAUUGAUAUCCUUGUAGUUAUACGCUUAUGCGUCUCAUGUUUGUCCGUCAUCCAUUUUAUUCAAUGUCUUUUGUCAUACUACGCAUUUUCUGGUUUAAGCUAUAUUACGGUUUGUAAUGAGUAGCAAAAGUUGGCACACUUGUCUUCUCUGCUUCUCUUUCCUACGUCUUAUCUUAACGUAUGUUGUAGUAAAUGAAUGUCUGAAAUAAAUUCAUCCAACUUAAUCCGUGUUCAACUUCAUAGUACCCCCGUCGUUCAAACGGUAUUAGCCUAGGUGUAAUAUAGAGAAUUAAAUCGGAGAUUAAUAUUCAUGGCUUAUUGAUCUGCUCGCCCAAAUCAGAAUCAGAUAUCGGGCCACUAUAAGAUAUUUCGAGACUUACAACAAUUUACACAACUGGCGUACCAACUACUUAUUACACAAUACAGAUAUUUUUGUAGAGAUUUCUUGUAAUAUGUUCUUAUCAUGGUUUGUUUGACUCAAAUAUUCCUUAUGUACAUCAUUUAUCUCCAAUCCAUGAAGAGUACAUCUAUGUCUUCAAAAACUGUCGACGGACCUUCUGUCUAUGCUUGUGUUGCAUAUCCUUCACCGGCUGAGGUUCGAUCGCUAUUGGAUCAUGUACUGAAUGAACCGAUCAGUACUGCUUAUCACAAUAUUACAACAGUAAAAAAUUUGAAAGGAAUUGCAUUGCAAGAUAUAAUUACAGAAAUUCAUCCAUUGAUAAUGCGUAUUGAUUUGCCGGAUGCAAUACGCUGUGAUUUAUUAAUUGCGUUAUCCGAUAUAGAAAAUCGUAUGUCACAAGGAGCAUCAGAAAGAUUACAAUUGGGUGCAUUUGUUUCAGCAUUUACUCGAGCAAAAAUAGCACUAGAGUCCAAGAUUCCCUAAAAACAAAAGUUCCCCAUUUCAAUUUUGUUCUCAUGUUUAAUAAAUCAAUCUUUGCA